CUUGGUUUUGUUUAUCAGCCGAUCUCUUUGCUGGAUUUGGGCUUGGAAUGACCCACCUGUAAAGUGCUUUUCCUUCCUCCUCGCCUUGAACUCUGCAGGGGGCUUGGCUUGGAGGGGGCAAGAGAGGGAAAGAGAGAAGGGGGAACACAAAAAACUUCUUUCUUUCUCGCUCCGUUUAUCUUCAGCCCGACAUUGUCACCUCCUCCUUGAGGGGUUAGAAGAAGCUGAGACCUCCCGACUGAGCUGGAAAUGGUGAUGAAUCUUUUUUAAUCAAAGGACAAUUUCUUUUCACUGCACUUUGACUAUGGAAACAGAGGCUAUUGAUGGCUAUAUAACAUGUGACAAUGAGCUUUCACCUGAAAGGGUGCACUCCGAUAUGGCAAUUGACCUCACCUCAAGCACACCCAAUGGACAGCAUGCCUCACCAAGUCACAUGACAAGCACAAAUUCAGUAAAGCUAGAAAUGCAGAGUGAUGAAGAGUGUGACAGGAAACCCCUGAGCCGCGAAGACGAAAUCAGGGGCCAUGAUGAGGGGAGCAGCCUAGAAGACCCCCUAAUCGAGAGCAGCGAGGUGGCCGACAGCAGGAAAGUCCAGGAGCUUCAAGGCGAGGGAGGAAUCCGGCUUCCGAAUGGUAAACUGAAAUGUGACGUCUGUGGCAUGGUUUGCAUUGGGCCCAAUGUGCUUAUGGUACAUAAAAGGAGUCACACUGGUGAACGCCCCUUCCACUGUAACCAGUGUGGAGCUUCUUUUACUCAGAAGGGCAACCUUCUGAGACACAUAAAGUUACACUCUGGAGAGAAGCCGUUCAAAUGUCCUUUCUGUAGCUACGCUUGUAGAAGAAGGGACGCCCUCACAGGACACCUCAGGACCCACUCAGUGGGCAAACCUCACAAGUGCAACUACUGUGGACGAAGUUAUAAGCAGCGCAGUUCGCUGGAGGAACACAAGGAACGCUGCCACAACUAUCUCCAGAAUGUCAGCAUGGAGGCUGCGGGGCAGGUCAUGAGUCACCAUGUACCUCCUAUGGAAGAUUGUAAGGAACAAGAGCCUAUUAUGGACAACAAUAUUUCUCUGGUGCCUUUUGAGAGACCUGCUGUCAUAGAGAAGCUCACAGGGAAUAUGGGAAAACGUAAAAGCUCCACACCACAGAAGUUUGUGGGGGAAAAGAUCAUGCGAUUCAGCUACCCAGAUAUUCACUUUGAUAUGAACUUAACAUAUGAGAAGGAGGCUGAGCUGAUGCAGUCUCAUAUGAUGGACCAAGCCAUCAACAAUGCAAUCACCUACCUUGGAGCUGAGGCCCUUCACCCUCUGAUGCAACACCCGCCAAGCACAAUCGCUGAGGUGGCCCCAGUUAUAAGCUCAGCUUAUUCUCAGGUCUAUCAUCCAAAUAGGAUAGAAAGACCCAUUAGCAGGGAAACCUCUGAUAGUCACGAUAACAACAUGGAUGGCCCUAUCUCUCUUAUUAGACCAAAGAGUCGACCCCAGGAAAGAGAGGCCUCUCCCAGCAAUAGCUGCCUGGAUUCUACUGACUCAGAAAGCAGCCAUGAUGACCACCAAUCCUACCAAGGAAACCCUGCCUUAAAUCCCAAGAGGAAACAAAGCCCAGCUUACAUGAAGGAGGAUGUCAAGGCUUUGGAUCCUACCAAGGCUCCUAAGGGCUCUCUGAAGGACAUCUACAAGGUCUUCAAUGGAGAAGGAGAACAGAUUCGGGCCUUCAAGUGUGAGCACUGCCGAGUCCUUUUCCUAGACCAUGUUAUGUACACCAUUCACAUGGGUUGCCAUGGCUACCGGGACCCACUGGAAUGCAACAUUUGUGGCUACAGAAGCCAGGACCGUUACGAGUUUUCAUCACACAUUGUCCGAGGGGAGCACACAUUCCACUAGGCCUUUUCAUUCCAAAGGGGACCCCUAUGAAGUAAAGAACUGCACAUGAAGAAAUACUGCACUUACAAUCCCACCUUCCUUCAGAUGUUGGCAUACCUUUUUUUUUUUAAUAUUAUUACUGUUGAUAAUUCUUAUUUUGUGGACGCAGUGUCAUUUGCUCUGCCUAAUGACAAUAGGGAAGAAAGAGAAGAGAGAAGGGAUGGGGGUGUUGUUUCUUGAUCACUUGGCAUGUUUGUUCUGUGGGAAUUCUAAGAGCAGUUCAUUUCUGCCACUCAUAGGUAUAAGACAUAUCAUUCUUUGAAAAAAUCACCUGAUUCGUAUAGAUUCACCUAGAAAUGCUAUUCUGUUUUGUCACUGAUAUUCAGGAUUAUGAUUGAAGACAGGAAAGUUUAGAGUUUUCUGGUUACGAAUUUGGCGAAUGGUAUAAGUACUUUUAAAAAAGAAUUUGUUUCAAAAUGUAAGCUGAUUUUUUGUUGUUGUUCUUUGGAGAUCAUGAACACAAACACAUGGUUAUUUUUGGUGAUAACUCCUAGGAUGAGUUGAGUUGUUGUGGGUUCUAUGUUUACUCCCCCUAUGGAAUUUCUAAUUCAGUAUGUUUUACACUGUACCAUAUAGCAAAACUUUUAAACUACAGGUAGUUAAGGACCACCUACAAUACAUCUGAGGUCCUGUGAUCCUAUUUUUCUAAACUUUAGCACUGUUUUUCCAUAGUUUUGAUGACUGGCAUUUUAUAGACACCCUGGCAGCCUUACUUCUAACACCUUUAAUGAAUAGUAUUUUUAUGUGGUUUUCAAAAUAACAUAUGGUCUAAGAGUGGAUAACAGGCAGUCAAUUUCUGUGAGGGACGUCUAUUUUUCAGAAAUUGGAGAUGUUUUCUUUUAAAGUUUUGAUGUCAUGGCAGCAUGGUAUACAUAUUUGUUUCUAAAAGUAUGCUUACGAUUGUCACUUUAAUCAGCAUUUAAUCAGUGUUAACCAGUCAGCAGAAAAAUAUAAUUAGGCUAACAGUGGGGGAAAACCCACUUAUAAAUCUCUUUUCUGGUAUUUCUCUUUUCACUUGUUUUCUUCAAGCUGUGACCACCCAGUGUUCUGUCCAUAGUUCAUUCAUCUUUUACUCUUCAAGCAGAAGGUCUUAAAAGCCUUGCUGCAGGCUAUUUCUUUCAAAAUCUCCUCGGGGCAAUUGCUAAUUUGACCUGAAUGUGGUAACUUGAACCCAGUAAGGUUAUUGAACUAGGGCUAUUUAUUAUAGUAUUUCUUCAGUAAUAAUAUUUACUACUUUUGCUGCAAAGAAAAGGGAACUUCUAUGUAACCUGUACAUUGGACUAUAGACAAAACAACCAAGUUUACUUUUUACCCAUCUGGGAGUCUAGAAUCAACAGAACCUCCAUAGGUCCUGCACAUCUUUCUGUUUCAAAAAUAUUCAGCUCUAUAAAUCCUUGUCAGAAAUGAAUCAGUUCCUUAGUACAGAAUUUCCCUUCCUUAAUCCAUAUAUGUCAUUGGUUACCAUAUUUCAUGUGUAUGUUUUAAUUUCACUUGCAU